AUGAAUAAAAGGAUAUUUAGUUUAGUUUGUAUUGUCUUAUAUACCCUUUUGGCUGUAUCAAUACAUUGCUCCGAACAGAAAGUAUUUGUUGUAGGAAAUAAAAGCAUUUGUGGUAGCAAAGAAAUAAACAGAAGCAACGAAAAAAAUGGUAUAGAAUCUAAAUGCGAAACACAAUUAAAGAAUCCCAAUCCUAAAGAUGAUGAAGAUUAUAAAGGAUUUAAUUGUUUUAAUAUAUUUAAAAGAAAUAAAAGAACUAAACCACCUUCAAAUAAACAUGAAUCUCCUUCUGAGGUAGAAUUGCUGAUGGAAAAAAUUAUAUCUGACAUUGCAAUCUAUCCAGAAAAAUUACAGUCUUUAUCAAAUGAUCAAAUAACUGAAACAUCUUCAAAUAACAAUGAAUUUCAUUCUAAUGAAAUGUUGGAUAUGGAAAAAAAUGUGGCUUACUUUCUUUUAUCAAAUCCAGAAUUUGUUAGAUUUUUAUUACUUUUAAAAUUAUUAAAAUUAGAUGACCAGCCUUCAAAUGAUAAAUAUGACAUUUCUUAG